CUUAUCUGGAUUGUUAAAAGGUCUGCCACCGGGUUCAAACAUAAUCUGAUUCAGGAUGAGGAUUGCUUUCAGAGUUUUUGCAACAAGAUCUUUGCUGGCUGGGAUUUCUGCAUCACCAGUGAGAAUGCUGCAAAGCUGAAGAAAAAGACUUUGCUCUAUGAGCUGAAGACUGAUUUGGAGGAUGAGAAGAUCAAGCAGAAAAUAGCAGAGCGCACCCACAAAGAAAAAUGUCGGCUUUACUUCAUCCGUCUCAUCCUGAAUCUUUUCGUCAUUGGUGUACUGGCUGCUUGCUUCUACUGCAUUUAUUUAGCCACUAUCUUCUCCCAGAAAGCCCAAAUGAGUGACCAAAAGGUGAAUUUCAUAGUAGAUCUUAUUUUUGAGUAUCUACCUUCAAUUGUUAUCACCUUUGCCAACUUCAUUACCCCAGUACUUUUCUCUUUUAUCAUCAACUUUGAGGACUAUUCUCCUGCUUUUGAGAUCCGCUUCACUCUUAUGAGGUGUGUCUUCAUGCGGUUAACCAGUAUUGUGGUUUUGCUCUUUUCUGUCUGGUCUCGGAUCACUAAAUGUAAAGAUGAUCCCUGUAUUUGUGGCUACAACCACGAUCUUUACCCUUGCUGGGAAACGCAUGUGGGCCAAGAGAUGUACAAACUCACCAUCUUUGACUUCAUUGUCAUCAUUUCCGUCACCAUCUUUGUGGAGUUUCCUCGAAAACUGCUUCUGAGGUACAGUAAUUCUGCCCUGGCUAAAUGGAUGAGCCAACAGGAAUUUUCUAUUCCUCAGAAUGUACUGGAGAUCGUCUAUGGUCAGACCAUCUGCUGGAUCGGCACUUUCUACUGCCCACUGCUGCCUGCUAUCUGCACCCUCAAAUAUUUCUUUAUCUUUUACAUCAAGAAGGUAUCAUUAAUCAAAAACUGUCGUCCAGCCACACGUCCUUUCCGAGCAUCCAGCUCCAACUUCUUUUUCCUCGGCGUGCUGUUGAUCGGCCUGAGUCUUGCCUGUGUGCCUGUCAUAGCUAGUAUAGCACAGAUAAACUGUUCUCGGGCCUGUGGACCUUUUGUUAAUUACGAAACCUCCUGGGACGUGGUGCCAGAUACAGUUUCUCAGCUACCCAAAGGAGUCGAACAGCUUCUCUGGGCUCUCUCUUCAGAGGCCUUUGCUGUCUCUUUCUUUGUUAUCACAUGUUUGGCCAUGUUUUAUGUGAUUGCACUUGCUGGAGCACACAAGAGGGUCAUUAAUGAACUAAGACACCAACUAGAAAUGGAGGGCCGCGACCGGCGUUUCCUGAUUCAGAAGCUGUGCCAGGCCCAGAAGCGCUCAGGUGUGAGAUCCCCACAAUCCAAAUUCCAACCCCGCCGCAGCAGCAGCAGAAGCAGUCCUAGCUACCACACUAGCUUCGCCACCAAUUUCAAUGAUGCGGUGUUCCUGGCCCAUGUAGCUCCAAGCUCCUCCACUCAAGUUUAAGGCAAAGGCCUUAUUUUACUGAACAAAGCAGAGAUGCAUGCUUAGACAAUUCUUCAAUUGUCUGCUUGAAGAAUUGUCUAAUUGUCUAAGCAGACAAUUGAACUUUUCAGACUAAUAUCUUAAAUGUGUUUUUAAUUAACUGUGAAAACACUGCAAUGUAAACAAAUAUCCUGUUCACAAUGCUUCUGACCUUUUUAGUGUUUUUUUUUUUUUGCUGUUUGUUUGUUUGUCCAACAAAACAGUCUGAAUAUUUGUGAAUAUAUGAAUUGACAAUCUCAAAAAUAUUUUUUUCCUUUAAUCAAAACUUUAUUUUUGUUGAGCUGCAGUGUAUUUACUUGCAUGUAAUCUUUUCCUUCUGAGAAGGACUUCGAUUCUACUACUGGACUUGUUUUUAAAACUUUUCUCAAUCUCAAGCACUUUAAAUGUAUUAACGCAGGGUUUUGGGGGUUUGGUUUGUUUUUUUACUACAGCUUCCUUGUUGACUUGUUUAUUUGUGGGUGUUGUUACAUAUGCAAAUGAAUAUUUAUGACUGUGCCUAAUACAUUUUGAAUGAAAUGACUUUUAACACUACUUUUUACUUAGUUUUAGUACCUUUUUAAAAUAUCUUCUGGACUGUGGGCAUGUUAUUAACAAUGUCUCUUCUGUUUUGUUUUGGUUUUUUUUGUCAGAUUUGGGUGAAAAUACUCUUGUACUUUCAUGAUGCCUUAAUUUGAUUGUGGGUACUGUACAUAUAAAAUAAAUGUUUUCCCAAAUA